UACCCGGACAACUAAACCUGUAACCCUUCACUUUCAAAAGCAGGAAGUGAACGAUGGAAACUGCUAUAAUGUGAGCGGCAUGUCGUUUCAUUGAGUUAUUUCCAUACUUUUCCCCUUUAUUUACACAAUAACUAGGUGCAGCUGGGCGUCUUGUUUGCAUGCUUCGCGAGGCACACGGCAUGAUAACAGGACUGUCACCUGAGGAAACUAAACCAUAACCCAAGUUUCACUAAUGCUGAUGAUUAGUCCUAAAAUGGCCUCAGGAGCACAAGACAAACAGUACACACCAUCCCUUCUCAGCUUUUUCAUUUAUAACCCUACGUUUGGACCCCGGGAAGGAGAGGAAGAGAAAAAGAUUUUGUUUUAUCACCCCAGUGAGAUUGAGAAGAAUGAGAAGAUCAGAAAUGUGGGCCUUUGUGAAGCCAUUGUUCAAUUCACCAGGACUUUCUGUCCAACAAAACCAGCAAAAUCCCUUCACACACAGAAAAAUCGUCAGUUUUUCUUUGAGCCAGAGGAAAAUUUCUGGAUCGUCAUGGUAGUUCGAAACCCAAUGAUUGAGAAACCAAACAAAGAUGGCAAACCUCCCACAAUAGAGUAUCAAGAAGAAGAACUACUUGAUACGGUUUACGGUGCGGUGGUCCGGCAGUGCUACAGUAUGUACAAGCUGUUUAACGGGACUUUCGGUCGGGUGAUGGAAUCCGGCGGAGUGGAGCUGCUCAUCCAGAAGCUUGAGAAGUUUUUCUACAGGUAUCUGCAGACACUCCACCUGCAGUCCUGUGACCUGCUGGACGUUUUUGGAGGCAUCAGCUUCUUCCCCCUGGACAAGAUGACCUACCUGAAGAUCCAGUCCUUUGUCAACAGAGUGGAGGAGAGCCUCAGCCUGAUCAAAUACACAGCUUUCCUCUACAACGACCAGCUUAUCUGGAGUGGUCUGGAGCAGGACGACAUGAGAAUCCUCUACAAGUAUCUGACCACGUCGCUGUUUCCCAGGCACUCAGAGCCCGAGUUGGCUGGCAGAGACUCUCCUCUGAGGCCUGAAGUCACAGGAAAUCUGUUGCAUUAUGGGAGGUUCUUGACAGGACCUGCUAACCUCAAAGAUCCAGAGGCCAAAUUCCGAUUCCCCAAAAUAUUUGUGAGUGCAGAAGACGGCUAUGAGGAGCUGCAUCUGAUCGUUUAUAAGGCGAUGAGCGCAGCUGCUUGUUUUAUGAUUAGUGCCAACGUGGAGCUGACCAGGGAGUUCUGUGAGCAGCUGGACAGCUUGGUGGGCCCCCAGCUGACUCUGCUGGCAUCAGAUAUAUGUGAACAGUUCACAAUAAACCGCAGGAUAUCUGGGCCAGAGAAGGAACCCCAGUUCAAGUUUAUCUACUUUAACCACAUGAACCUGGCAGAGAAGAGCACCAUUCACAUGAGGAAAACCGCCAGUGUGUGUCUGACCUCGGUCCACCCUGACCUCAUGAAGAUACUGGGAGACAUCAACUGUGACUUUGCGAGGGUUGACGAAGAUGAGGAAAUCAUAGUAAAAGCUAUGACGGACUACUGGGUCGUCGGCAAGAAGUCAGACCAGAGAGAGCUCUAUGUGAUCCUAAAUCAAAAGAACGCCAAUCUGAUUGAAGUAAACGAGGAAGUGAAGAGGCUUUGUGCGACGCAAUUCAACAACAUUUUCUUCUUGGACUGAGCAAACAAGAUGGCGACUGAUCACACUAAAAACUGUCAGGGUUUCAGCGGCAGCAUCAACGUAAUGCAAUAAUUGCAUUGUAAAAUAAAAAAUAUUGUUGAAAAGCUUUCUCACCAAGUUUUUUUAUUUAAUAGACUAAAAUUGUAAUUUUAUCUUGUAAUUACCUGUAAAAAAAAAAAAUACAGAUUUUACUUUACAUGUACUGCAUCUCAUUUUCUCUGUACAUAUUUGUAUGAUUUUAUCAUAAGUUCCCCCUUAUGUAUUUGGAUAUUUUUAUUGAGAUCAUGAUGAAAUUGUCUCAUUUUAAUUUAAAAACUGACAUGUACUGAUGUGCUCAUUCCAGUUUUAUUUGAUGAUCAGUUAUGGUUUUAAGAUUUCAUCAUGUCGAAACUAUUUGUAUACAACUGCACUAACUUGAAAUAAUAAAUGAAGUCAUUUUCCUAAA